AUUUGCCAAACGUUUAUCACGUACAAAUAAAAUUAUCUUAACAAUAAUUUUCAAAUUCGACAGAUCGAUUAAUUAAAUUGUAAUCGAAAGAAAACGAAAUUUAUUCAGUGUUUUGUGUUUAGUGUGUUUUUCUCAACAAUCCUCUUAGUGCAGUGCUGCUUAUAUGUGUUGUGUAAUAAAGUGUAGUGAUUUUUCUUAGUGCAAGCGUCGGAUGUACAAAAAACAAAAAUGCCGCAUUUUUCUGAUUUAUCUAGUAUUAGCUCAUAUUAUGGGGGCGCAUUACCCCCUUCAUAUAUUAACGUAAACUCUUACGCCACACAUUCGUCAUUAGUAACCAGUCCAUCGUACCGAUCUCCAAUUGUACCCUCAUAUUUUGGGAAUCGUUAUAAUGCUGGGACAUCUGGAAAUCGUGCCAGUUAUAAACCCCAUUUAGCGACAAUCGGUGAAAGUCAAACAUACAUUGGUGGACGACGUCAAUCUCCUCGGACAGCAAUUGGUUCACCAAAAUCACGAUUAAUUAGUCAUUCAUCUCCGAAAUAUAAAAUUCCGAAACCGAUUUCAAUUAAUACAGCAGAUAUUGAUGUAUCAAGACAUCGAUAUCGGCGUACACCGGAGGCAGAUAAACCUCCAGUAACUCCUGAAGUGGUAUCAAAAAAACCUCAAGUUUCAUCACCACCACCAGUAGACGGGGAUGUUUUUAUGCCACGAAUUGAUCAAGCAAAUCGUAGUACAAUUAAACGUGGUCGCACAGUAGUGCGUUUACAUACAAAACAUUUGAAGAAAGAUGAAAAAGAAGAUAGAGAAAAAAAAUCAUCAGAGCAAAAGAGUCCAACUAAAAAGGAUGAAAUUAAAUUUGAGCCAACCAUAAAUAUAAGUUCUUGGCGUGAUAAUUUUACUCCAAAUGAAUUAAGAAAUGAAAAACGCAAAAAAAAAUCUCCUGGAGAACGUUUAAUUGAAAAAUUUUAUAUACCCGAUAAAAAUUCGAUAGAUUACGUUCCACAACCUCCUCCAGUUGAAAAAGUACCAAGCUUUCAUGAUUUAUGUCGUAGCAUAAGUACAGAUGAAGUUCACGAGGAUAUAAAUUUAAACAGACGAUUAUCACAAUUGGAGGACCAAGAGUUAUCUGCACGAAAAUUAUCCGUUGAAUUAAGACAAAUUCGACGUAAUUCUGCUGAAGUUUUACAAGAACAUGGAAAAUUAUUAGAUGAUAUGUUAAAACAAGAAAAUCUCGAAACAAAACAAUCUGAAGAUUCUGGAACAACAAGUGUUAAACGUGUUCGAAAAAAAGUUUAUACACGAAAAAAAUCAAGUAAUCUACAACUUGAUGGCGAAAAAUCAACAAAAGUGGUGAAAGUAAAGCCCAAAAUUUCAGGAAGUGUGGAAAUUGAAGAACCGAAAAAAAAUUUGAAAAUUCGGGUUGACGAUGUUAUCAUUGAAAGUCUUCCAUCACCGUUAAUGUCACCUGCGAAAAAAAAAGUUUUUAAAGUCGAAAUAUCUAACAUAAAUAUUGAAUCAUUUUCGUCACCAUCAUCUGGUACAGAAAUUUUACCAGAUGUGCCGAUCAAUAAGCAUUCCUUGCAAACAACGGAAAAUUUUCAAUUCAAUCAUAAGACUGAAACAUCAAAUACUGAAAAUAAAGAUAAACAAAACGUUAUAAAAGAAGAUCCCAGUAUUACGAACGUGCAAAUAACAGAGCCAAUAAUUUCGAAAAAAGUUGAAAAUAAACCAAGUAGUCCUGUUUUGAAAACUUUACCCAUUUUAGAAACCAAGAUGAAGGAGCAAAAUAUUUCAACAGGAAAAACAGAUAAAAUCGACCCUGUAAUAAUUAAAAAAGAAAUAAAAAGUGAUAUUUCAGAUGAACAAAAAAUGAAAGUGAAGAACAUAUUUAAAACAGAGCUAGAAGUGAAUAUUUCAAAUGAUAAAGAAAAGAAAGUUGAUAAUUCAACAGAUAAAAAAGAGAAAGUUGAUAUUAUAUCAGAUAAAAAAUCUGAUAUUUCUCUAAAUACAAAAGAGAAAGAAGAUAUUAUAGUAAAUAAAAAAGAAUUAUCUGAAAAUUCUCUAGAUAAAAAAGAGAAAGUAGAUAUUCUAAUAGAUAAGAAAGAAAAAAUUGAUGAUGUAUUAGAAAAAAAAGACAAAUUGGAUAUCGCUCCAGAAAAAAAGACAAGGAUAGAUAUUUCAACAGACAAAAAGGAAAAAAUUGAUAUUCAUAUAGAUAAAAAAGAGAAAGUUGAUCUUCCUAUAGAUAAGAAGGAUAAAGUUGAUCUUACGUCAAUUAAAACAGACAAAGUUGAUCUUUCAAUAGAUAAGAAAGAGAAAAUUGAACUUUCUGCAGAUAAGAAGGAGAAAGUUGAUCUUACGUCAAUUAAAACAGGCAAAGUUGAUCCUUCUACAGAUAAGAAAGAGAAAAUUGAUCUUCCUGCAGAUAAGAAGGAGAAAGUUGAUCUAACGUCAAUUAAAACAGACAAAGUUGAUCUUUCUACAGAUAAGAAAGAGAAAGUUACGCCAGAGAAAAAAGAGAAAAUUUUAUCAAACAAAAAAGACAAGUUGGAUAUUUCCUCAGAUAAAAAAGAGCAAAUAAAUAUUUCUUCAACAACCGUAAAAGACAAAAUCGAUACUGUAACGGAUAAAAAAAGUAAAAUUAACAUUUUGACUGAUAAAAAAGUUGAUAAAAAGAAUUUACAAACUGAUGAAAAUAAUAACACAAGUACGCCUACAACCACAAAAAUGAAACCAAAAUUACAGCGUGAUCCAAGUGUUGAUUUUUGGGAAACAAUUGGAAAUCGUGAAACAAUUAAAUUUGAACAGCGUAAACAAAUAUUACAAGAGCAAAUUAUCGAAAAUCGUAAACAAUUGUUUCCCUUAGAAUAUGCGGAAGAAAUAAAUGAAAAUAAAGAUACCAAAUUACCAGAAAGUAAUUUAAUUAUAAAGUCUGAAGAACAUAUUAUUGAAACAGUUAAUAAAACGAAUGUAAUUAUUGAAGAAAAUCUUAAUGGAAAUUUAACAAAAGAAAAUAUUAUGCCAAGUCAAAUGACUGCCAUUUGUAAAGAUACGAUCAAUGAGCAGGUGGUACCCACGCCAUUAUCUAAAAGUAAAACAUUAAAUCAAAUUGAUUUAGAUCGUCAAAAUGAUGAAAAGAAAAACUUAAUUAAAUCUGAGCCUGCUGUUCUAUCGAAGAAAUCCGAAGAAAUUGUAAAUAAACAACUAAGUACUGAAAAAGUUGUUUCAAAAGUAACUGAAACUAAAGAAUCAGUUUCAAAAAAUGUUGAAACAAAUUUAUUAAAACCUCAAAUCACUGAAAGAAAAGAUUCCGAGAAAAAUGUUCCUAAAACAUUUACACAAUCAAAGUUGAUUAAAAAAACAGAAAGUUUGUCGAUAAUUGACGAAAAUAAAUCAACAGAAUCCGAAGAUGUGAAAAUAAGUAUACAAUCCAAAAUCAUUGAAAGCAAAGAUUUAGAAACAAAAGUUCCAAAAACUAUUCAAAAGACCACAGAGCUAAAAUUGGAUGAAAGUGAUAAGAACAGUUCAGAUAAAGCAGUAAAAAAAAUUGCUACGAAACCUAAAGUCACUGAAAAUAAAGAGUUAGAGGAAAAUGGUUCUAAAACGGUUCAAAAAUCUACAGUUUCAAAUUUGGAGGAAUCCGAAAAGAAAGGUGUCGAUAAAGUAGUUAAAAAAAUUGUAACUAAUUCUAAAGUUUCUGAAAAUAAACAGCUUGAAACAAAUGUUCCUAAAAUUAUUGAAAAGGCUAAAGUUUCUAAACUAGAGGAUUCUGAAAAGAAAGGAUCAGACAAAGAUGUCACGAAGAACGCAGAAGUUAAAAAUUCUAUUUCUAAAAAUAUAGAACCAAUUAAGAAUGACAAUAAAUUGGACGAUACGAAGACAUUCGAAAAGAAAGAUUCGGAUAAAGCUGCAAAAAAAGUUAUUCCAAAAGCUGCAGAAAUUAAAGAUUCCAGUCCUAAAAAUAUUGAUCCAAAAGUGAAUCAAGAAAAGUUAGCUGAAACAAUACCAUCAAAAAUAGAUGCCAGUAACGUUCCGAAAACCGGAAGUAUAAAAGAAGAACUUAAACCAACAGACGAGACUCCUAAAACUGAAGAAUCCAAAGAAAAUAUAGCCUUAGCAUUGAUAGCAAAUCAAGCAAAGGAUUCAAAUUUAGUAAAAUUGUUAUUAGAAGCGAAUAAACCAAAACCUAAAUUUAUACCGAAAGAUUACGAUACGAAGCCACUUGAUCCAUCUAUUGUCCUAUAUGCUACACCUCGAGAUUUACGGCGUCCAUUGCCACGACGUCCGGUUUCGUAUUAUUAUGAUGACUCAGAUGAUUCUUCCGAAGAAACUUCAAGUGAUGAAGACGAUUCCGAUGAUGAUGGUGAUGACGAGGAUGAUGAAAGCACACGAAAAGCAACGAUCUCAUGUUCGGACGAAGAUGACACAUUACAAGGUGUUAGAAUUAGUACAUCAUCCAAUGAUUCGGGCUUUCAAUCAUCGGUUCCAUGCAGUCCAGCUGCCACUGCUGAGAUUGUAUCUUCAUCACAAUCAGACCAUAAAGACUCGACAUCGUCAUCGUCGUUAAUACCCGCACAUAAUCCAGCAUUUGCAUUAGAUUCACCAAGUGAAUCAACAUCGGAUUUGGCCUCAAGCUGCACGACACCAUAUUCAGAAUCGUCGGUAUUAGAAUCAUCAUGUACAUAUACGUCGUAUCAACGUUCUGGACGAGUUACACCACCGGCCACAACAAUACCACGAUUUCGAAAAUACACAAUUGAUGAUUUUCAUUUUUUGAAAUUAUUGGGUAAAGGUAGUUUUGGAAAGGUGUUAUUAGCAGAAUUAAAAGAUACGGAAUAUUAUUAUGCCGUUAAAUGUCUAAAAAAAGAUGUGGUCCUUGAAGAUGAUGACGUAGAAUGUACUUUAAUUGAGCGUAAAGUUUUAGCACUAGGCACAAAGCAUCCAUAUUUAUGCCAUUUAUUUUGCACUUUCCAAACAGAUUCACAUUUAUUCUUUGUAAUGGAAUAUUUAAAUGGUGGAGAUUUAAUGUUUCACAUUCAACAAUCAGGACGGUUUCCAGAAUCACGUGCUCGAUUUUAUGCGGCUGAAAUUAUAUCCGGUUUGAAAUUUUUACAUAAAAAAGGCAUUGUCUAUAGGGAUUUGAAAUUAGAUAAUAUUUUAUUGGAUUUUGAUGGACACGUACGGAUUGCUGAUUUUGGAAUGUGUAAAUUACAAAUUUAUUUGGAUAAGACAGCAGAUACUUUUUGUGGAACACCAGAUUAUAUGGCACCAGAGAUUAUAAAAGGUUUACACUAUAAUCAAUGCGUGGAUUGGUGGUCAUUUGGUGUUUUACUCUAUGAAAUGUUAAUUGGUCAAUCACCAUUUAGUGGAUGCGAUGAAGAUGAAUUAUUUUGGUCAAUUUGUAAUGAACGACCAGUAUUUCCACGAUUUCUUACUGUUGAAGCCACAAAUAUAUUAAGUAUGUUAUUAGAAAAAGAUUCAACAAAACGUUUGGGCAGCCCCGAAUGUUUGGCUGGAGAUAUUAUGGACCAUGAAUUCUUCAAACAAAUUAAUUGGUUAAAAUUAGAACAACGUCAAUUGGAUCCACCAUUUAAACCAAAAGUUCAACAUCCAUUGGACACUCAAUAUUUUGACAAAGCGUUCACACAAGAGCGAGCAAAAUUAACACCUGUUUGUCAAGAUAUAUUGCGAUCUAUGGAUCAAGUACAAUUUCAAGGAUUUAGUUACACAAAUCCAAAUGCAACUGAUCAUUAAAACAAAAACAAUUUUUGUUUUUAAAUAUUGUUUCAAAUUGAUUUAUUGAAACAAUAUUAUGGAGACUAAAAAUUGAAUCGAAUUGAACGAUUCUACUAACUAAAAUCACAUCGUUUAUAAAAACAGAAAGUAUUUUGAAUAUGAUAAAAUCGAAAAUUAUAAAACGUCAGUGAUUUUAUUCUGAUCAUAGAUGUUUAUAUUAAACCCUAGAUCACUA